UUGUGCUCUGGCGGCCCCAAAGGAUGUUUCGCGUUCAACUUACGUGAUGACGUCACGAACAAACGUGCCUCAUCUGACGCAGAGAGGGGGGCAUGCACGAGCAGGAGAUUUCUGUUGGCUCUGGCAUUCUUUUGGUGGAGCCAUUUUAUGGUGGAUCUCAUAAACAGCUCAUUGAUCUACUGAAGAAAAAUGUUGUUGACUGCUCAGUCUUUACCCUUCCUGCCAAGAAGUGGCAUUGGAGAGCAAGAACAGCUGCAUUGUACUUCAGCCAGACCAUUCCCUACUGCGCUUCUUACAGGGUCCUGUUUAGCAGCUCUGUCCUUAACCUUUGUGAGCUUGUAGCUCUCAGGCCAGAUCUAUCAAACUUGAAGAAGGUGCUGUACUUCCACGAGAACCAGCUGGCAUAUCCGGUCCGCAAAGAACAGGACAGGGAUUUUCAAUAUGGAUACAACCAAGUGCUGUCAUGCUUGGUGUCAGAUGUGGUUGUAUUCAACUCACACUUCAACAUGGACUCCUUCCUGUCCUCCAUCCCAAGUCACAUGAAGAAGAUCCCGGACCACAGACCCAAAAACCUGGAUGAGUUGAUCCGCCCCAAGUGUGUGGUCCUGAGCUACCCAGUUCAGUUCCCUGAUGUCACCAGAUUACUGCCUCAGCACAAGCUGCUGAAGCUACAGGCAACGGUGACAUACCACUCUGAUCACAGCUCAUGCCAGGAACACAAGUGUCUAAUGCAGAGGUGUGAUGAGGAGCCAUGUCAGUCCUUCUGUCAGCCUUGUGCAGUCCAGAGGCCUGAAUGUGGAGAGCCAUUUAGUGACCAAGGGAAGCCUUUGCACAUUGUGUGGCCUCACCGGUGGGAGCAUGACAAAAACCCCGAGCUGUUCUUCAACACACUGCUCAAAUUAAAGGAGCAAGAACUCCACUUUCAAGUGUCUGUGCUCGGAGAGACCUUCACUGAUGUGCCAGACAUUUUCCCAUCAUCUAAACGUUUGCUGGACUCUCACAUUUUGAACUGGGGCUUCCUUUCCAGUAAGGAUGACUAUCUGCAAGUACUUUGUGAUGCUGAUGUUGUCGUCUCCACCUCAAACCAUGAAUUCUUCGGUGUUUCUAUGCUGGAAGCUGUCCACUGUGGCUGUUUCCCUCUGUGUCCAAAAGCAUUGGUGUACCCAGAAAUCUUUCCAGUGCAGUACUUGUAUUCCACACCUGAGCAACUAUUCAAACGGCUGAAGGAGCUCUGCAAAAGGCCUGGGAUCGCCCGCAGACAUGUUGUCAAGGUCGACACCUCCAAAUUCUCCUGGACCUCCCUGAAGCCUCAGUUCUGGACUCUGCUGACCGAUGGGCGUCCUUGACUGCAGGGCUGGCUCUUGUGAUGUUUGGUGUCUGGACAGUUCUUUUGGCUACUGGGCCAGAAGAAUGCUCAUUGCAUGGGUGUAUCAUACUGUUUAAUAUAGAAUUGAACUUGUUGGUUUUUUAUUAAGUUUUAAUAAAAUAUCUGAGUUUACAAAA